GUCUCCCACCACCACAAACGCGUGUCCCGUCCCGACAAAGUGCGCCCGACCAAUGCCACCAUCCAUGCGAUAACAAAACGACCUCCAAGACAAGCUGAGAGUUGGGGAGAGUCUGUCUAGUACUCGUAUGACUCCGUUCUGGUCUUGGACGCCGUGAUUUCUGCGCAAAAUGGAGGCCGCAGACAUCAACGACGAUGUCGUCCAUCCGGAAGUGCGGGCGCACAUCACCAACCUGGUUUCUGCGCUCGGUGGUUACAGCGCGGACGAUGAUGGAAGCUACAAGCUCGGUGACGAAGCGCUAGACGUCUUGCGCGACCUGAAGAAAUGGAUCCGAUUCUACGAUGAAAAGACCAAUCGCAUGGACGUCGCCAGAUGUCUGGCUGAAGCGAACCUCGUCGGCGGCGAUCUGCUCCAGAUCCUGACAUUAUGGCCUCAAAGCGAAACCGACAGCAAGUACAAGGCCCGUAUUGCUCUGGCGUGUUUCGAGGUCAUGGUGCCCCUUACUUGGCCCAUAGAGAAGGAGCGCGCCGAAAUGACCAUCAACCACCAUCGUCACAUGCCCGUUCUGCAGCUUGCCCAGCUUGGCUACAAGCGCGCCAUCAUAAACUUCGAUGCGAUACCCAUCCUCAACACCGCCGUCAGGGUAGCCCUUCCCUCCAUGGCCAUGCCUAUCGGCGAGCGGACACCCCGUGACCAGGCCAUCAUCAAGCUCAUUCUCUUCUUUUUGAGGAACGUUGCCAUGAUCGCACCCCCGCAAGGUGUCAAAUGCGAAGGCGACGAGACACAGGUAUCCAGGUCGGCAACCAUUGAUGCCUUUUCGUAUCAAGACAUAUUUCUCACUCUGCUGACCCUUGCCUCCAACAUGGGCGAGGACUUCCGCACCGAAGAUGUAGUUAUCAUGGAAAUCAUCUUUCAUCUUGUAAAAAGAGUUGACCCCAGCUCGCUCUUCGUCAGUGAAAAGCAACUCAACAAAGCCAAGGGGCAAGAGCUGGCAUCGGAGAUGCGCAAGGAGGCUGCUAUGCUAAAAUCCUACAACAAAACCACCACCACUCGGCACAGUCGAUUUGGGACCAUGAUCUGGGUGAAACGAGCAGAUGGCAAGAUGGUGACGGUAUCUGGCCAAGAGGCUCUUUUGGACGCAAAAACGCGAGAGAGGAAGAUGGAUAACUCCAAAACAUUCAGACCGCCAAGAAGAGCGAGGAAACCCGAGAUGGAGCCCAAGGACCUUGGCCCUCCGGUGACGCUAGAUGAAAGAGCUCGUCAGCAGCUGCGAUCAUUCGUCCAAGACUUCCUCGACUCCGGUUUCAACCCCUUGUUUCUGCACGUGAGGCAAUCGAUCGAUCGGGAGGCAUUGCAUGCAUUGAACCAGCAUAAGAGCCAGUUCUUUUACCUUGUCGCCUGGUUCCUCGAAGCCGAGCGGAUGCGGAGAAAGGCCAAGAGGGACGAGUCGAAGUCGACGUCCGCAGCCGGAGAGGAGGUGAACAGUUUUAACCUCGUUGCUGCUGUGCUCCAACAGGAAAUGUUCGCUUCCAUGAAUCGUGCGCUUGACCGGUCCUAUAGUGAUAAGGAUUGGCAACUGCUCACGUCCGUCAUGCGCUGUUACACCCAGAUCUUCCUCACAGUCCAGGAGAUGUCAGAGUCUCCCAACGAGGAAGACCAGGAGAUUGCCGAAAACACCCUGAGCCGUCUCUUUUACGAGGAGACAACCCACGACCUUAUCGCGAAUAUUGCUCGAACAUACAAGGAUCAAGGCUUCGAAUAUCUUGAUGCCGCGACCGAGCUUGUCCACACUUUCCUCCGCAUUUUAGAAGGUUACUCUAAGCAAAAUGUCGAUUUGCAGGUGCGCUCACGGAAGCGAGCUCGCCGAAAGAAGAAGGCUGCCAAAGCUGCUGCUGCUGUUGCUGCAGCUAGAGCCGCCGGUGAGGAAGCAGAAGACGUUGGCGUUCCCGAGGACAAUGAUGCCGAUGAUUCUGGGGACGAUGAGCAACAUGCAGAGCGGGUCACUCAGGAGCGCAAGUUCGAGUUUGGGAAAUUCGCCAUUCGAUUCGCUCCCCAGGGUGUUGUCGACACAUUUGUCGCCUUCACCAAAUUCUACCGGGAUUUGAACGACGCACAGCUGAAGCGCGCUCAUCGCUACUUCUACCGCGUUGCCUUCAAACUCGAGCUGAGCAUCAUGCUAUUCCGACUAGACAUCAUCAAUCUCUUUUACAACAUGGUCCAAGGUCCCGAGCCCCUCGACAAAAGCUCGCCGAUGUUCAAGGAAUGGGAGGAGCUCUCCAAGCAGAUCAUUCGGAAAUGUGUCAAAAAGCUUCAAGAGCGGCCUGCGUUGUUCACCGAGUUGCUCUUUUCCAAGAUUGGCAGCACGACGCACUUCCUUGAGCACGGCUAUGAGAAGCCUGUCACCACAACUACGCCACGACCUGGUGCCGAGCUGGAGUUCAAGCGAGCCACAGAGCGCGACGAGCAGAUUGGCAUUGCGGUCAGCGUACUCAUCGACAAACAGCAAGUCGAGCAUCUGCAGUGGCUCAAGGAUCAGCUGACAAGUGCAAUGAGUGAGCGGCAAGCAUGGGAGAACGUAGACAAGGCCAUGGCAGCCACUACCGAGGGGGCGGCUGAUGGUGAAGCUGCCGACGAGAGAUCCAACAAAUCAGCACCACCACAUAUCACGAUCCGCCCUGAUACCGAGGCUCGCCGCACAGCCAUGUUCAAGAACCCGCACCUCCGUCUUCUCAUGCGUCUAGUCGGUAUGGAGCGUCUCACGCCUACUCUCGACGAGACCCCCGACUCGACCUGGAUUCUCCCAGGCAGCCACACCGCCGAGGCGAUCCAAGAUACCAUCGACCUCAUCAACAAGGCCGAGUUCUCCCCUCCCACCUUUGAGGACGGCGGCUCAGCCGAAGACCAGCUCCGGCGCAAGUCCGCCGCCGCUUCUCGCAGGACGCGUGCCGCAUAUGACGAUGAUGAGGAAGAAAUUCGCGGAUUCCUCGGUGACGAUGACGACGAAGACUUUCUCUUUGCGCCCGGCGGUCCUACCGCUCGCAAGCCGGACGCUAGGCCGCAGAAGAAGCGUCAGCGCAAGCGCCGAAGAGAGGCUGGUAGUGGAGACGAGGAAGAUGAGGGGGUGUCGGAUGAAGUGUUGGCUGCGCGUGCGAAGAAGAGGAGGGAGAAGGAGCUGGAGAAGAUUAGGAAGAUCAAGAGUGAGAUGUACGUGCACGCAAGCGACGAUGAAACGGACGAUGAGAGGGAUCGGGAGUUCUUUGAGCGGGAGAGAAAGAGGCAGGAGACGAAGGAUUCAAAGUUCGAUAGCAUGCUUGGGGCGUUGGGGUUGUCAGUGUUGUCGCAGGUGAAUGGAGGGGAAAAGAGCGCGUGGGAGGCGGUGCUGGAUGAUGAGCCCGAGAGUGAUGAGAGUGAGAAUGAAGGGCGGAAGAAUGCGAAGCGGAGGAAGAAGCAGGUCGCUUCUGGUUCCGAAGAAGAGCAAGAGGAGGAGGAGGAAGAGGAGGAAGAGGAGGACAGCGAUGAAGAAUUGCCAACGAAACAGGCCAAGAGUAAAACCUCGAAAAGGAAGGCGGCGGUACCGUCAAAACGACCGGCAAGGAGGCCUGGGACAGCCAAGAAAAGGGCUGUCGUGGAGCUCAGCGACAAUGAUGAAGAUGAAGAUGAGGAAGAGGAUGCCAUGGACGUAGAUUCGGCAAACGAACGCACGACCAGAAAUGAGGCACCCUUACCCUCUAGCCCUGGUGAGGGGCUAGGGAGGAGAAUAGACAAGAUGGCGAUGGAUGAUGGAGACGAGGAUGAGGAUGAUCAGCCGGUGGUCGCUGCUCGCCAACGGCCAAAAGCCAGGGGUGGAUUCAUCAUUGACAGCAGCGAUGAGGAGUAGAUCAGGAUGUGGUUGUGUCUGUGUAUCGUUUGUUCUCCCAAUGUACUACACCUAUUGUUUGGUUGAUAGGGGUAUUUAUGAGGAGCACAGCGUGUUUUGGGACUUGGGGGUCUGGUUUGGCUAAAGAGACCAGAUGUAUAAAGGACUGUACGAGAUACCAUGGGAUUAAAAGCAGCCAUCAUCAAUCAUUUAGGUACAUUAAACAGCAAUAUGUUUGAC